UUUUAAAGAAAAUAAGGAUAAUUUAAUAAAUCUUAAUAUUCGCGAAGAAUUGUUUAUGAAAGUGAUAUUUUUUGACAAAAUCAAAAGGAAAUAAUAGUAUAGUAAACAUAACCUCUUUAAAAAAACUGAUGUCAUAAUUUUCGUAGUACGCAAUCUCCACCAGGAGCAAAAUCCUUCUACAUAUUGAACCUCGUACUCGUACUUUUAUGUUUUAUAAGUAUCAGUAAUCAAGAUUGGUUUUUUGACGCAAGGUGCCGCUAAAUACCGAUUGAGCUGACAAAUAUUAAAAUUAAUUUUUAACUUUCACUUUCAUAUUAACGUCAUAUCUUUCAAGACAUGUACAAGCUUUUAUAAACAUUUUUUAUGUUCGAAGAAAGCUUUGAUUAAUGAUGAUAAAAAAGAUAAGGGGGUUAGUCUGUUGCUAUCAGUAGUUCCGCGAGGGCGCGAGGCCGCGACCCUGAGCUCGAUUCACAAGUAAACUCAGUAGAAUUCAGUAGAGACUAAUGUUAGUUAGUCGUACGUGCCAAAGCUGCGAGACUCGUUCAUCUGAGUCUGUAAUAAGAACGGAUUUCCUGAUUGUCGAUCAAGAGGACAUGCAUAGUUUGCUUUAAGACUCGUGGGAUUUUCUGUCAAAAGGGAGAAGGAGAGAGAGAGAGAUAGAUAGAGAUUGAUCAAGCAAAUAGAGUGAAUUAAAAAGUGGUGUAGGUAGCGCGACGCGCAAGCAUCCAUUAAAGGAAUAGAAUAUAAGAACAAGUUAGUGUGUAUAGUCAUUCAACACGAUCGGGAAGGAGCGCAUCACAAUACGAAAAAAUAAAUUAUAUUAAAAUUUAUUUUAAAUUUACAAUUGGCAAUUUGUCGUGAUUAUUUUUGCAUCAUCUCAAGUCAAUAUUUAUUAUUGUCAACUUUUUUGGACUUGAUAUCAUUUAUUGUCAAUUUUUUUUCGUCAACAAGUACAACCUGUCACUGUUUCGAGAUAGACCGGACGGACUAACAGCUGGGGCUCAAGACCGCCAGGUUGACCGUCUGGGAAAGGCAGUCCGUCGAAAACUUUCAAAAAUGCCACUUUUUGGAAAAAAGGAUUCAAACAAAAAACUUAAGAAGGAUGGAAAGGAUGAUAAAUCACCAUCCAUCGAUGAAAAGUACACGCUGAAAGAAUUACUUGGAACGGGAGCUUUUUCGGAGGUAAGAUUGGCUGAAAGUAAAGAAAGACCAGGAGAUUUGUAUGCUGUAAAAAUCAUCGACAAAAAAGCGCUCAAAGGAAAGGAAGAUUCUUUAGAAAAUGAAAUUAAAGUUUUACGAAGGUUCAGUGAAUCAGUGACACAGAGUGGUAAUGGGUCGCUCAAGUCGGAUAGUAGUGGCGAAAAAGAAUGGUUAACACAUCCCAAUAUUGUUCGAUUAUUGGAAACGUUUGAAGAUAAACAUAAAGUUUACCUCAUAAUGGAAUUAGUUACCGGUGGCGAAUUAUUUGAUAGAAUUGUUGAAAAAGGUUCCUAUACAGAAAAAGAUGCAUCAGAUUUAAUUAGACAAGUUCUUGAAGCUGUUGAUUAUAUGCACGAACAAGGUGUUGUACAUAGAGAUUUAAAACCUGAAAAUCUUCUCUAUUAUAGUCCAGAUGAAGAUAGUAAAAUAAUGAUUAGUGAUUUUGGUUUAUCAAAAAUGGAAGACUCUGGAAUUAUGGCCACAGCAUGUGGCACACCCGGUUAUGUAGCUCCUGAAGUCUUGGCUCAAAAACCUUACGGUAAAGCAGUGGAUGUUUGGAGUAUAGGUGUCAUCUCAUAUAUUCUAUUGUGUGGUUAUCCUCCUUUCUAUGACGAAAAUGACGCCAAUCUCUUUGCUCAGAUUCUAAAAGGUGAAUUUGAAUUCGAUUCUCCAUACUGGGACGAUAUCAGCGAUUCUGCUAAGGACUUCAUAAGUAGACUUAUGUGUGUCAACGUGGAGGAGCGCUACACGUGUAAACAAGCCCUAGCGCAUCCUUGGAUAUCUGGAAAUGCGGCUAGCAAUAAAAAUAUCCAUGGUACUGUAUCGGAACAACUUAAAAAGAACUUUGCCAAGUCAAGGUGGAAGCAAGCAUAUCAUGCGGCCACGGUCAUCAGGCAGAUGCAACGUUUGGCACUCAACAGCGGACAUCAACAUCAGCAGCAGCAACAACAGCAGCAGCAAGGCACAGGGUCGACAGGCCUCUCCACCGGCAACCUCACGCCGCAACCGGAUCAAUCCAAUCCCAAUCAUCCUCACAGAACAUCGGGACCACCGACCAAUUGCAAUUGAAGAUUAAUUCCGAGUCACCAACAUUACUAUCAAAUUUGGUGGCUACGAAUUCUCAUCAUCAUCAUCAUCACCCUCAUUUCCAAGGCGCUACCAGCUCACCGCUUUACUUGCGCAAUAAACGCUUCAAACUUUGGGGGAAUACAAGAACUGCACUAUCGACUCUCUUUCAAUCAAACGUCUCAUAUCUCAGGAGACAACGAAAGCAUAAAAAGAGCUGAAUACAAAUACAGCUCUUUUACGGAAUAAAUUUACACUCUACAAAAGAGUAAAUGAAAUACGUAACAAAAAAAAAAAAAAAAACAAAUCUAGCCUCGUGAGAAUCGAUGAUUUAUCGCGUCUUUAUCGUGAAAUGGAGGCGGUUAAUUUCGACAAAUAGAACGGUAGCUAGUUAAAAAAAAAAAGAAAA